CUCACGUGAGCGGUCGGUGUUUGGAAAGCCACAACGGCUGACCUUUGACUGGUGUGCAGGAAUGGGUAUCAAAGGUCUUCUUGGAUUUGUACAGAACUCUUGUCCUGAUGUUUGCCAUAAGGUUAACCUACAAUCACUUGCCAGCAAGCAUAGGUCAUCCUAUCCUGGAUGCACUCCUACUAUUGUUGUAGAUGCGAUGGGAUGCCUUCGUAGUUGGUACACACCACAUGAUUGGAUUCAUGGAGGCCAGUGGAAGGAAUAUCUAUGUAGUUUACAUGAAUUUAUUGCAGCCUUUCAGGCUGCUGGGAUCCGUCUAGUGUUUAUUUUCGAUGGUGUUAUAGAACAAAAGAAAAGAGAAGAAUGGGUUAAACGCCGAUUGAGGGACAAUUUUGAAAUAUCAAAAAUCUUCAAUUAUAUUAAAACUAACAAGCAGCAGCCAGGCAGAAAUAUGUUCUUUAUCCCAUCUGGUAUAGCCACCUUCACAAGAUUUGCAUUGAAAACACUAGGUCAAGAAGUAAUUUGUUCAGGUGUUGAAGCUGACUAUGAAGUGGCUGCAUAUGGUCUACAAAACAAUUGUCUUGGAAUUCUAGGAGAGGACAGUGACUACUUAAUUUUCAACACUGUCCCAUAUUUCUCUAUUAACAAGCUUAAUUUGGAUAACCUAGUAACUCUAAUGUACUCCAGGCAAAAUCUCUGCAGGGCUCUAGGCCUCCGUAUUUCUGACCUGCCUCUCCUUGCCUGUCUCCUUGGUAAUGACAUAGUCCCAGAGCGUAUGGUGGAAGGUUUUCAAAGAAAUUGCACAGCAAUGUAUAAGUCACAAUAUGCAUACCCUAACAGGAGAGCCCAAGUUAUUCAAGCUGUGGCUAAUUUUAUUGCAAGUAUACAAAGUUCACCAUAUGGCAUUAAUGAAGUAGAGAGAAGGCUUCCCCACUGGUUUGACCGUAUAUUGCUGCAAAAGGGAGUACAGUCUUAUUUAUUACCUCAUCAGACGUCCCCAUGGCUUUCUGAAACGUUGAUGUGCCACGGUGCUGAUUCUAAAGAGACAGAAGCCAGUGUGUGUCCAGACAAAGAGAUUGUCCAGAUUGUCUUAGAUCAUCACUAUAAAGGAGACAACACUAUGAUCUGCAAUGUCUUGUGUAAUGGAGUGACUGAUUGCAGUAACACGUUGGAAGAUGAAUGUGACCAGGAGAUCCCUGGACAAGCUCUAGUCUACAAGCUUGCCCGGCAACAUAUUUAUGCAAUCCUACUUGGCACAGAAAAAGGUUCUCUCUGUAACGUUCCUGUGGUCAGGGAAUGGUAUGUCUACCCUGGGAAUCAGCUGCACCAACCAGAUCUAGUACAAGCUGUUCCACUCUCUACUCCUGGUGGAACACCAAGUGUGAGGAGGCUUUUGCUAGAGGAGGGCCCUGACACCCAAAGACUACGUUUCCAUACUAUUUUGGCCUGCUUUCAAGCGGAGAGUUGCACAGAGAAACUUAGCAACUUGAAACCUCCACAUGCAGCUACAUGUUGCCUGCUUAUAUAUCUAGCACUGGAGGUGCACAGCCUUGCUCUAGAGGAUGUGGAAGCAUUUCUGUCCCAGGCAUUGUGUGUUGCAGGGAAAUCUGCAGAACAGCUUAAGUGCCUGCAGCUUCCUAUGAUUGAUUCUAGAGCAGUUCACCUUGCUUUUGUCUAUCUUCGUGGCCUGGUUACAUUGCAGGGAGCCAACAGUGCCUGUGGUUACCCCUUCAACAUGAUGGAUUUGAUGCCUUGGAAUACAUUUGACGGGAAGCUUUUCCAUCAGAAGUACCUGCAAUCUCAUCAAGGGAGUUCUGUUAAAGAACUCAUGGAAGGCAACGAAUCUCUAAUAUCUCAGUUCAAGAAGCUGAAGACUAUAGUCUGUGAAACCUGUACAGCACAGAAGAGAACUUUGCAAUCCUGGAAAAGGAAAGUUUAUCGUUGAUCCGAACAGCACAUCAGAACUAAAUAGAAGACUAAACUUUUUCGAGGGGAUGUCACUUGUUGAUUUUUAUAAGCUAAAUAGUGUUAUUUCAUCGGGAUAGCAGUCCAUUGUCUUAUUCCAUAUUCAAAAACUUUGAGUAGAACUAGAAAAUGAGGUGUAAUGUUGUAUUAAUAAAUUCAAUAUUGAAAAUGUUA